UGAUUUCAUGGUACUUUCAAUAGAUGAAGUAAUAUUUACUACAAUAUAUGAAGAAAUAACAUCUUCAACAAAUAAAGCAUCAUCUGUUAUAGUACAUGAAGGAAUUAAUCAACUUCAUGAAUAUCUAAUAGAGAAUGGAUAUACAAUUACAGCCUUUGAGUAUAAUAAGUAUUGGGCAGUUAAUGAGUAUUUGGUAUUGUUAGAAGAUGGACAUAAAAAGGAAAUAGCAAGCCAGGAGGCUGCAUAUAAAAUCUAUAUCACACCAAAACCAUAUACUGCUAAAAGGAUUUGUUUUCUAGCCAAAUAUAUUGCAAUGCAAUAUAAAUGUUUGGAUACAACAAAAUUCUGGGGUGAAUAG